AUGUCUCGAUCGUUGUUCAACCGUUUCGACCGACUGGCUUCGAACGUGUCGUCAGUUGCAACCCAAGCUCUCGACAAGCGGCAACAAUCAAGUCUGGCAUCUUCGGCGCACGCGACGACGGCACACCAGUAUUAUGCGAUUCGAGUUGUCGAUGCUACCACUAAUCGAGGAGUCCCUCUGGUAUAUCUCCGCACAACGUACAAGACUAUUUACAUGACCGAUAGCGCCGGUUAUGUCGCAUUCAACGAACCUGGCCUGAUGACGGGAGAUCCAAUCUGGGUCACGGUCAGCAGCUAUGGCUUCGAGUCACCGACUGGCUUUCUUGGCGUUCCCGGAAUGCAAAUCCAGCCCAAAGCCGGGGGCUCUAUAGAAAUCAAGCUCAAUAGAACUCAAGUCGCCGAGCGGCUCUAUCGGCUUACGGGGUUCGGCGUCUACCGAGACAGCGUCCUACUUGGCAAGCCGGUGCCGGUUGAGCAACCAGUCCUGAACGCAAAGGUUGCUGGCAGUGACACCAUCCAGUGUGCCAAAUUCCACGGCAAGCUCCUUUGGAUGUGGCAGGACACAGAUCAGUUAGCAUUUCAGCUUGGGAAUUUCGCAAUGACGGGCGCAAGGACUGAGCUCCCACAUGAACUGAAUGCUGACAAGGGCCUCAACUUUGACUAUUUUACAAAAGACAACAAGCCGAACGAGUUCACAAGAGGCAUGGUCGACAUAACUUUGCAAACACCAGGGAGCUUCCCUCUGUGGGUCGAUGGCUUGACGGUAGUACCAGAUGAUACAGGCAGAGAGCGUCUGAUCGGCACUUACUGCGCCUCUGGGCCCGGGCUGAGCUGUGUGGAGCGAGGCCUGGUCAUUUGGAAGGAUAAGAAGCAGAUUCUAGAGAAACUGGUGCAAUUUGAUGGCACCAACAACGCUAUGGAUGUGCUUGCCCCGUGGGGACAUACGAUCUACGUGAACGAGAAUGGAACACGUUACGCAUUUUACGGCAAGAAUAUCCGAGUCAAAGCGGACUUCAACAACGCUUCGCAGCCGUCACAGUACGAGGCCUUCACCUGUCUUACUGCGGAUGGGCAGCGAGCAAACAGAGGACCGAACGGUGCAUUGAUCUGGAGCUGGGUCAAAGGUGGGAAGCCAGUCAAUUACGAGAACGCGGACAGUUUGGUACAGUCUGGCGUGAUAAGUCAAGAGGAGUCGCCUUACAGACUUAGAGAUUUGGACACUGGACAAGCCGUUACUGCACAUACAGCUGGAAUUGCGUGGAACCCCUACCUAAAGCUUUGGACCAAUGUCUUUCAGCAGAGUGGAGGCGACACUACUGCUGGGGAAAUAUGGUUUUCGACAGCCCAGGCGCCAGAAGGCCCCUGGACAGCUUGCCGGAAGGUUGCCACGCACUACAUGAGCCUUGAUGGGAUCAAUAAUAACAACAACGACCUGUAUAAUCCCGUUCAGCAUUAUGAGCUGAUGCGAGAAGGCGGAAGAUACAUCUACUUCUCCGGAACACUUACUAAUACCUUCUCUGGCAACCCAUUUGCAACUCCGUACUACAACUACAACAACAUCAUGUAUCGAUUAGAUUUGAACGACUCGAGAUUGAGACUACCACAACCGCCGGCGGGCUACUGGGGCACGAGACACGACGAAAGCUGCUGA